AUGUUAGAUGGUGCCCCUUGUUCAAGUAAAAAUGAUUGCGUCCGAAUCAAAGAAGAUACGGAUAGUGUUGCUGAUAUGGACUGCGGAGAUGUCGUUGCAAAUCAGUCCGUCGUACCUGUAGUGCUUACUGUCGGUGGUUAUCCGGGGCGGAAGGUAGACGGCCGAAACAUGUCCGGCCUUUCGCCCUCCAAGCCAGCCACGUUCUUCUGUAUGAUAUGCAACAGAGAGUUUACGAACGUUUAUUACAAGCGGCACAUGAUAGUGCAUACGAACGCUCGGCCUUACGUGUGCAGUUUCUGCGGCAAGCGCUUUAACGAGCUGAUGGCGAAAAAGGCAGAAGCAGACGUCCUGAAAUGCAAUAGCAGCGUUGCAGAUGAGCUGCGAAACCUGAAUGAACGGGUAACCUUCUUGUCGCACCAGGUCAACCAACUGAUGGACGGUCUGCGCAUCCGCAAGUGCGAGUGCUCCCGCUGCGCUUCAUUAAUCAAGUCCUCCUUUGACGUGACCGGCGUUGGAAAGAUAAAAACGCCCUUUCCUCGAAAUCGCGGUAGUAACGGGCACGUUUGCGAAUAUGUCAAUUCGACCAUGAAUGCGCUGCAGAAAAGUCACAGAAGAGUCACUGAUAGCGUGGAUCAGCUGCUGCCAAAGAUCAUGGCCGAACGCGUGUCAUGCGCCACCCCUGCGACUCCUUUCAGAGUGACCAGUGUCCUGGAGAAAUUAUCGACCAGUAUAAAUGGUUCGUGCAUGAAUGUACCCGAACUGACGAGCGAAGUACAUGUUGAAGACCCUGAUGGAGAGUCAGCAGCGUUGCCGGUGAUUGUUCAAGAAAGAAGCACGCGUCAUACCCAGGGAGAUGCUGCUGCGGAAUUCCUGAUGGCGCUACACGAUCCAUGUUACAUUCAAAUGAAAUCCAUGUUUCAGGGUUCGCAGUGCCUGAAACUCAGCACACAACGUCUGUCAAAUGAAAUGAUGACUUUGUUCGAGAAGGCAAAUACCGAGCAGUUCACGAAGCAUUUUUUUCAUCUGCUAUGCUACGCGCUGAGGAUCAAGGAAAACUCACCGAUUGUCGAUUCCUGUUUGAGGUUUGCGGCGAAUUUCGCAGCUCGAAAUGACGUUGUGCAAAGGCAGAAUAUGAACAUUUUUCGGUCUUCGUUGUUCACUCUGUUGUUGAGUAUUUUACUACACCCUGCAAAAACCAUACGUGCCCGCUGCUGCCAGUAUAUGCGUCUACUUCUCGAUGCCAUAUCAGAGAGCGAAGACCCGCCAAUCAUCGACAACGAAACUUUUGACCGGCUGCUGAACGCUUUGAAAGACCGCGUAAAGGACAAGGUCUGCCACGUGCGCGCUACCGCCGCAUCCGCGCUCAUUGCUCUAUACAAACAAAUCAUCUCUUCUCCGUCGUUCGUCGAUAAUGACAAAGAUCCGAAUAGGGGAACGCUUGUCAGAGGCACCGACAGUGAAGCUUUGCAGUUCCUACUGCGUUACGACCCGAGUCCCGAAGUAAGAGCUUCCGUGAUUCAGGAUAUCGCUAUCAAUAAGCGAACGUUGGCGAUUAUUCUUGAACGCUGCCGGGACGAGGUGGACAUUGUUCGGAAGGCUGGAAUCAAGGUGCUCAGCACCAGAGUUCAACUGAGACAUCUGUCCAUCAGCCAGCGAAACAUGCUAAUCAGUCAGGGCCUGAAUGACCAGAAUGAAAAUGUUCGAGACAUAUGCAAAAAGAAACUUAUACCAGCAUGGCUCGAUAGUUGUCACAACAACGUUGCUGAACUGAUUUGGAAACUGGACGUUAUCACGCAUGAGGAGACGGUGCGUAAAACUUUGUUUGCCAUCUUCGACCAGAGACCGAAAGCCUUCGCCGUCAAAAACUUCAAUCUUCUGAAUGACAGAAAGCUGAUCGAAGAAAUCAACUGCGAGAAGAUGUUUUACUGGUUUACUCUGAUUAGCUAUAUUGUGAUCGCAGAAACGGAUAAUGACAAAUUUACGCAAGCUGAUCGUGAAGAACUUUUGGAUAGUUUAUUGCCUACACUGCCCGAUCUUACGGAUUACAUCAAAAACUACGUAACAAAGAGCAGUUGUGCAGUAACUCCCGAAAAUACGCUGUCAUUUCACUUCAUCGCAUCGCACCUGUUCCGUCUGUUGUCUUUCAUCGAUCUGUCAGACGAGUUCUGCAGGAAGUACCUGAAGACCGCCCUUGAGGAUCUGCUGUCUGACAACAGCGUUAGCGCUGAUCUCUAUAAAGACAUCGUUCCGAUCUACUUUGUUGUCACCCGCGACAUCGAUCAAGCAAUUGCAUGGGUGGCCGAGAAGUUCUCCGAGUAUAUGAACAGCCACAGAAUCCCAGUGGUCCAGCCCGAUUCCAGCGACGAAGAAAUCACAUUCAACUUCAACGACGAAAAGAACGUGUUCGAUGAAAAAGACAUCACCAAGUUUUUGGUAAUCACCAAGGAGGUGUUGCAACUGUCACAAGUGCAGAGCAUAAACGCGACGUUGCGGUACCUGUUUGACAAGAUGGUUGUUCCCGCCAUUCAGCACGACAGUCCUUCGAUACGCGUGCUGGCGUUUCAAGUUCUCUCCUUAUACUGUGUGAUGGACAAACAACUGGCUACGAAAUACGCUCAUCUGUUUCUACAGACUUUGAAAAUUGACGUGGAGAGCGCAAAGAUCAUGGCAAUCAAGGCUUUAUUUGACCUGACAGGAUUGUAUGGCAUCGAUGUGCUUGAAGAUGCGCUGGAAAGUUCGUCCGUUGAUUACAAUUCAAAAAGUGACAACUUCAUUAAUUUGUUGUCUACAUAUCUUGACAAAGAGAACUCUGUUUUCCAAACUCUCUUGGUCGAGGGUUACUCGCGGCUGCUUAUCUACCGGAUUAUUUACUCACCGGCACUUGUGUCACGAAUGAUCUUGAUGUGGUUUAAUCCCGUUUCAAAAGGCGAGCCGGCGGUCCGCAGGUGCAUUGGCGCGUUUCUGCCCAUGUACGCAAUUUCUGACGUGUACGUGGCGAACCAGGAAGCUCUUGAGGAAGCUUUUCUUCCUACAUUAAGGGCGCUUGUGACGGCCCCACUGGACAAUCCUUUAAGCAGAGUGGAUCCAGCCAAUGUGGUCAGUUUUCUAAUUCGUUUGACAUCUUGGGAAUACCUUGGCCGGGACAGUCCUGGAAAGCAGGUUAGUAAUAAAAUUUUUGUUAUGUAAAC